AUGCCGCUUUUGUUGAGGGCCACGGCGCCCAGCCCCAGCAUCGACGAGCUCGCCUUUGCCGCGACGGCCCCUCCCCUGUCGUCGCAACGCUCGGCGUCCUCGACCAAGUCGGAGCUGCCGCUCUGCGCCGCCCACGACCGAUCCUCAGUUCGCCGUCGGCGCAGCACAGCCGGCACUUAUUCCGAGGUGUCCGACUGGCUGCCGAGCACGGGUAGCGGCUUUGAGCACACCCGCGUGAUGCGGCGGUGCAGUCGUCAGAGUCGGAGCUGCGGCGGAGGCGUUGCCACUACGAGCAAAGAUACAGCGGGGGACGCAGACAAACGCUCGUCACGCGACACGCAGCUCGACGACGACGACGACGACCAUUGUACCAGUGGCGCCAGCUUUGCGUCCGAGGCUGGACGCAUCUCCAGUGCGCUGAGCUGCAGUUGUUCGUGUGCGGAUGCGAACGAGUUUGCCAUCACGUCGUCGUCUGUGGUCAUCGAAGGCCGUCAACUCGCAGUUGUGGACAAGGAACUGCGCGACCUCCGCACGACUCUUGUGCGUAAGUUGUACACGCGGCUGACGAAGAUCACUGGACUCGGGAGAAGGAAAGCGUCGCCUUCGAAGUCUGUCGCUUGA